AUGGCAUUGGCAAAUUCCAGACCUUUGCAAAUACCAACUUUAGAGAAUGAAAUUCUUCAUAACUCAAAUUCUCCAGUAUUUCAGUUGAAUUCAAUGGGAUUUACAACUAGAGCUGACACUAUUUCGAAUCCAGGCACGGAUCUUAUCGGCAACCAGCCAGGCAUGGCCCUUGAUGAUAAUAAUUUGGCCGGUUCUUCGUUUUCCUCAUCUCAGGAAAUAAAAGCUACCAAACCUAAGAAGGACUUUGGUGCUCCCAAAAAAGACAAUCCAUUAUUAGAAAUUUCUAAGCUAAUACCUGUUACUGGUGAGAGGCCAAAACCCGAAAAUAGAGACUCCCCUCUGGAUGAUGACGUUCUUCACGCAGUUUUUUUAAUAUUAUGGGAAAUGGAUCCGAAUCAACAAGGCAUGACCGUCAAACAACUGUGUGACUUGCUUUUGCAAAAACAUCCAGAUAUGUCCAAUUUAUCAACCAAGUUGUCAAAUUUAAUUUCCGCAAAACUGAACGCUUAUGUUAAAAAAAUUGAAAAAGGUGAGAAAACGUUAACUUAUGCUUUAUCAAGGGAAUGGUCUAAUUCAUCUCCUAGAAGGAUGCUCUAUAUAUACAGAGGCAUAUUAUCUCCCGAUUACAAGGAGCAUGCUCAAGCUGUUACGAUGCAACUUAAACAACAAUUGGAGACCUCCGGUGAUACAAGCGACUUUAAUUCAAAUGGCAAGAAAAAAAGGGAGUCCAGCAGUAACCAGCUAGUUAACAAUGACAGUUAUUCAAGUUCUAUGACGGACAUGAAAAAUAUGUCUUCUAACAGUUCCUUCUCAAAAAAUUUGAAUGUAGGGAAUCUGGCCUUUUCAUUAAGUCCAGAAUUCAACAUACCUUAUUCCACUUCUCCAGUGUCACUAAAUCUUUCCCCAUCGAUGAGUAAUAAUCAGCAACAAUUACUGACACCUAAUUCGGCAUCGAAGAGUAAAAACAAUAAUAAAAAAAGAAAUUACAUGGAUGAAGAUACUAACGAGUCAAUGACCGAGCCAAAGAAAACCAAAACUACUAAACCUGGCAAACAAACAAAAUCCCAAUCUUUAUCAGUUUUAUCCACCCCCAAAAAGGGUUCCUCUGCAUCUCUUUCUACAUUUGCAAGCUCCAAGAAUAUUUCGCCAGAUUCUUCUCUGUCGCAUAAUGCAUCGUCAAAUACUUAUGUUACUGCCGCUGCCGCUGCACCAAGGCUUUCUAAGCUUUUGCCGAAAAAUGGGUUUAAGAAAAAUUCACGUAGCUCUUCUGAACUGGCUGCUAUCCAUAAAGUAAUCUCUACACAGACUCCAAUUGAGAGCUCUUCAGAGAGCUCUCAAUAUAACAGUAGUAGUAGUUCACCAGUUAAUAGUGCAGCUGCUUCUUCUGCUGAAUCUUUAUCCGACAUCAAUUCCAGUCAGGAUAACGGAAGAGAAUCAAACCCAAGUUCCCAAGAAUCACGAAACGAAGUUACGAAUUGGAUGAAAAUUGUGAGAAAUGGAUUUUUGACACAUGAUAUUGAAUCUCCUGAAUCAAUCACAUUAGAUGACCUAGAAAAUAUAUUCAAUUGA